UACUGUCUGGAGGUGAUGAGUCAACAUUCGUCAGAAGGACUAAGUUCAUAUAAACCAACACCUGGGGAAGCCAAACAGUUUAAUCAGGUGAUUCUGGUCUACCUGGAGUUAACAAACACUAACUUCCUAAUAAUCUGCCUCAGCUUUACUCAGGUUUACUGCAAGACUCUUCGUCUCAGGAGGAGUGCAAUGUGGUCUGCGUUGACAUUAUGGUCUGGAAUCUUCUUAUUCAGCCUGCCUGAUGUACAUGGUACCUUUAGAUAUGAACCUGACUGUAAGUGCAAUGGUAAGGCUUCCCAUUGUAUGUACGACCCCGAGGGAUACAUCUGUUUGAACUGCAUUGAUAACACUGAUGGGCGCAACUGUGAAAAGUGUAAGAGCGGGUUCUUCCGCCAGAGGCCUGAGGACCGGUGCCAGCCAUGCCGCUGCAACACUAUGGGAUCCCUGAAUGCUCAAUGUGACAAUUACGGGCGUUGCAGCUGCAAACCAGGAGUGAUGGGUGAUAAGUGUGAUCGCUGUCAGUCCGGGAGUGCUCUUACACAAGCUGGGUGUGGUGGCAGAUGUCGGUCGCGUGCCAGCAGCUUGGGGGCAGGUAACCCCAUGGACUGCAUGCCGUGUUUCUGCUAUGGGCAUUCUUCCGACUGUACCUUCGCAGAGGGCUACAGUGCUUACAACAUCACUUCCACCUUUGAUAAUGACCCCGAUGGAUGGCGAGCUUCUUUCAAAAGUGGUUCCCAUGUGCAGUUCCGCUGGUCCCCUAAGCACCGUGAUGUUUUCGUAACAUCCAUGGACAACAAUCCAAUCUACCUGCUGGCGCCAGAUUCGUUUUUGGGGAACCAGGUGCUGAGCUAUGGACGGAACCUCUCCUUCUCAUUCACGGUGGGGCGAGGAGGGCGGAGGCCAUCCCCAGAAGACGUGGUGCUGGAGGGAGCAGGGCUGCGGGUGGCAGCUCCCCUGGCAGACCUGGGAACAACCCUGCCCUGCGGCAAGAUGAGAGCCUACACCUUCAGGCUUGAUGAACAACCAGGCAGUAAAUGGAGACCACUACUCAGCGCAUUACAAUUUCAUAAACUGUUGAAUAACUUGACGGCCAUUAAGAUUCGAGCCACCUAUGGGGAAAAGAGCUAUGGAUACCUUGACAAUGUGCAUCUGGAGUCAGCUCGUCGCGGUGCUGGAGCCCCUGCCUCCUGGGUUGAGGAGUGUAGCUGUCCCAUGGGCUACCGGGGUCAGUUCUGCCAGGAAUGUGCUCCAGGGUACCGAAGAGACUCUCCUAGUAGUGGGUCCUUCAGUGCCUGUGUACCCUGUAACUGCCGGGGAGGCACCUGCGACCAAGACACUGGAGACUGUUACUCUGGAGACGAGACCCCGGUUGUCCAAUGCCCAGCUGGUACCUACAACAGCCCACAGAACGCCAGAACCUGCCUGCGUUGCCCCUGUGCCCCAGGAGUCAGCUGCGCCAUCGCUCCAGGCACCCUAGAAGUGGCAUGUAACAGGUGCCCUGUGGGAACAACAGGCUCCCGAUGUGAGAUGUGUGAAGAUGGUUACUACGGCGACCCCCUGGGUGAGCGGGGCCGCCCCCGGCCUUGUCAGCGCUGCCGGUGCAAUGACAACAUCGACCCUAACACUGUGGGAAACUGCGAUCGUUUGAGCGGGGAGUGCCUCAAAUGCCUCUACAACACUGCUGGCUUCAACUGCGAGCAGUGCAGUGAGGGCUUCUACAGGAGCACCUCCAUCCCCAACCCUGCUGAGGGCUGCACACCAUGUAACUGCAACCCUCUGGGCUCACUGUCACCACAGUGCAGCAAGAAUGGCCAGUGUCAGUGUAAAGAAGGACAUGAAGGAACAAAGUGCGAACAAAAAACUGCUUGCCCAGCCUGCUACAGCCAAGUGAAAUACCAGAUGGAGAGGCAUUUGCUGAAGCUGAGGGAUACGGAAGCUCUGUUUCGAACAGUUGAUACCAGCCGUGCCCCCUUCUCUGAGGUGGAGGUGGAGAAGGCCGUCAGAGAGGCUGAAAAAAACAUUGCAGACCUAAAGAGAGACACAGACCAAUUAUCAGGUUCUGACAAAGUGCUGCUCAGUCGCUUGGCUGAUAUAAGUAACACACAGUCUACUCAGACAAGAAACCUGGAUGGUGUUUCCCGGACAGUGGAUGGGAUGAAGUCGUUGGCUCAGCAGUAUCAGUACCAGGCUGACACUGUCAAGGGGCUGAUCAGCAGUGCCAGACAGACCGUGGACAAGGCCAGAGUGGAGAUGAGACAAGUGGAACUUCCAUUUGCGGACGCUGGGACAGGCACAAACAGCCUCUCAGAUUUGGCACAUGUGGCAACCACAUUAGCAGACAGACACCGCACUGAGGCCGAAGGAAUCGAGCGAGCAGCUAAAACCAGCGGCACCUCUGCAAAUGAAGCCUAUCAGCUGAUGCAGUCAGUGAUCAAUGGGGAGAACAAGGUGGCCAGCAGCAUUCAGGAUCUGAACACAAUGUAUAACAGUGAUAUAGCCACAGUCAAUGACCUGGAAAACCAAGCUGCCAGGCUGAGCUCUGCUGGUGAAAGGGCAAGCCGUUUGGCGACAAAGACCUUUAGUGAUCUCUCAGGGAUUCAGAUGAUUAACCCCAGCUCUCUGCAGAACGAGAUGAAAAGGCUCACUCAGGAGGCUAAGCUCUUGCAACCCAAUGCAGAGGGAAAGCUCUCCAGUAUUCAGAAAUUAAACCAAGAGGUGGCGGCUGAUGAGUCUGAGGCCAAGAAACUGCUGGCCAAAGGGAUAUCUGACCAGAAGCUUGGAGAUCAGCUCCUAGCAAGAGCAAAUGUUGCCAAGGCUGAGGCAUUGAGGGCAUUGAACGACGGGCAGGCUAACCUAGGAAAGGUGGAGGACGUCCUGACCAAGCUUCAAGAGUUCAAUGGACAGCUAAAUCAAAACAAGAAGGAAGCUGAAGACGCGAUGGAUAAAAUCCCUUUCAUUAGAGGCCUUGUUAGAGAGGCCACACAGACAAACAAGCAGGCAGAGACGUUGCUGGGGAAUGCAGACAAAGAUGUAACCAAGGCGAUUCAAAACGCAAGAGACGCUGGGGACAUAGCUGAAAACACGGGCACGGAAGCACAAAACUCUCAAUUAAAAUUGAAUGGGUUGUUCAAUAAGGUGUUGGCAUUAGACAAUGACAUAAGUGGCUUGAAGGGGGCAACGUUAAACAUUCAGGAACAGUUGGCCACAGCAGAAAAUAAUGCAAACCAGGAUGCAGAGGCCGUGAAACAGGCUUCAGCGAAGGCAACUGCAGCUUAUGACAGCUCAGUGCAAACUAAAGGAGCCGUUCAAGACACAUUGUCCAUCAUCAACAACCUGCUCAAUCUACUUGACCAGCCAGGCAGUCUAGAUGAAGGCAGACUGAUGCAGCUGGAGGGGUCGAUAGCAGACAGCAUGGAGCAAGUGGAGAGUCAGCUGAAACCCAGAAUGGCAGACCUGGAACUAAUGGAGGCCAGACAGCGACAGAGAAUUACUGCCCUCACCACUGACAUUGACAACAUCUUAAACGACAUUCAAAACCUGGAAGAGAUUCGGGAUAAAAUCCCUGAGGGGUGCUUCAACACUGCACCCAUAGAGAAACCCUAAUGUUCUAUUUAUUCAAGACUUUCAUUUGCUCAGGUAAAUGAACAUUCUCAUUUACUUGGUUGUGCACUGCAAUGAAAUGAUGUUUGACUGUUGUUUGAAUAUAAUAUGUAAAUGCGUAUAAUUUAUGUUGAUAAGUAGUAUGUCUGGGCACUUUAAUGAUGCUCGUGAAAGGUGUAUAAUACCAGUAAAAGUUACUUUUUUAUAUUCUA